AUGGAUGAGGGAGCUGGGAUGGAUGAGGGACCUGGGGUGGACGAGGGACCUGGGGUGGACGAGGGACCUUGGGUGGACGAGGGACCUGGGGUGGACGAGGGACCUUGGGUGGACGAGGGACCUUGGGUGGACGAGGGACCUGGGGUGGACGAGGGACCUUGGGUGGACGAGGGACCUGGGAUGGACGAGGGACCUGGGGUGGACGAGGGACCUUGGGUGGACGAGGGACCUGGGAUGGACGAGGGAACUGGGAUGGAUGAGGGACCUGGGGUGGACGAGGGACCUGGGAUGGAUGAGGGACCUGGGGUGGAUGAGGGACCUUGGGUGGACGAGGGACCUGAGAUGGAUGAGGGAACUGGGAUGGAUGAGGGACCUGGAGUGGGAUUUAGGGUUUAA